AUGCUUGGAGCAGGGCAGCGACGGUGGAAAGGCCAGGCGGCACCCUCCCGUGCAUUGAGAGUUUCAUAGUUGAUUGCUCGGUUUUGGUUUUCAUUGCGGUAAUUAGUCAUGGUCACUAGAUUCUGGUUUGAUUGCUCAGUUUUGGUUUUCAUUUGAUUAGGUAGUAAGCCUAGCAUCUAUCAUUGCAGCUUGAUAGUGUUAAUUAGUACUAGUUUGAGACAAUCGGUUUUUGUUUUGCAUAAACAAAACAGACAUUCUGUCUUGGCAACUCGCUCGGUGCCUGGCCGACCAAUCAUCAUAUCAUUAAAAUUGUUGGACAUUUUGCAAAGUGGGGUAGUAGGCUCACAUCAAAGUUGGGCCAAUGUAGUUCUAGAUCUUUCUGGGCCUUCGCCUUGAUGGGCUUAUCAAAAAAAGGCCGAAAGCCCAAACCAGACCACUCUCAAAAGUGCUCCGCUAUCACGUGACCUCCCUGCUCUAGGACCACAAACUGCAGUUCGAGCAAGUUCUUUUGCCUCCUCCAAUGUUACCCAUCUCCUUACCCAACCUGAAGUAAACUCGUGGGACCGCACAAUGUUGGGCCCAAAUGUCAUGGAGGAAACCCACCAGUGCGUUGGGGUAGGUUUGCCUGUCGUGGCUGGAAAGAAAGAGUUCGAAGCCAAUCCCAACCAAGGCGCGGGCUCCAAUGCUCUGUACUGCCCACGUGACCGGUGGCUUCAACUAUAAAAGCACCUCACCGCCUCGCAACCCAUUCCUCGCCUCGCCUUCCUCUCCGGCCACCGCCGCUCCGCUCCCUCACCAACUCAAUCUCGAGCUCUCCGCGGCGAAAAGCUAGGGUUUCCUCUCACCAAGCCGGCAAGCCCGGUUCCUCCUUCCCCCACGCGGCGAUGAAGAACGCGCCGAGAUAUCGAUUUGGGGGCGCCGGGUUCCUGGAGCUCGAGCGAGGCUACCAGCCGUGGGUGAUCCCCAAGUCCGAGGCGCGAGGCGGAGCCGGCCACGCCGUGAAGAAGGUGAAGCGCUGGCUGAGGAAGAUGGACGAGCAGAUGGACUACGAGUUCUACGACUGGAACCUCCGCUCCUACCGCUUCAAGUCGCCCUUCGAUCGCCGCCCGCUCGUCGGCCCCCGUGAGCGCUGCAGGAAAAACGCCGCGAAGCGCACCCUCCGUUUGGUCGGGCUCACCGACCCGGACUACCUGCUUCAGUGUGAGGACGCUGCAUUUGGUGAUUGGGAGGACAGCUGUGAGGACGAGGAUGAGGUCUUCGAGUGGUAGUACCAUCAGCAAACCAACAGAUCGAGCAAGGGAGUAAGUAGUACAGUUGGAGGAUGGCCUUUGUCUCAAGAAGUUGGACGCACAUAUCUGACAAGUAGUAGCAGUAGUGGUAGUAUGUUUUGAGUACCAGAAACUUCCUGCUGAGAGAGAGAGCGUCGGUCUGUAAUAAUAGUUUUUGCACUCUCCGUUCCCAAAUCCUAUCUCAUCACGUAUUCGCAAUGUGACAAUGUCGGAUAUUUCACCAAUAUUAUCUGCAGAAAAGAACUUUUUUCGUCUCA